GCAGGCGCAGCCACUCGCGUCACUCACUGGCAAGUGGCAACGCCCUCCACACCCAGAGGCCAGUGGCAACGUACGCCCACAACCAACAACCCGGCGCCCCCUACGAUCACUCCGCGGCCUGAGCUCGCCGGUUCCACGGUCCACGCCGCGCCCACAGGAGGCGGCGCCGCCGGAAGCCGGGGAUGGUGCGGUGGGUGCGCGUGCGGAGCCCGCCGGUGCUGGAGUCCAAGCUGCUGUGCCUCUCGCUGCUCUACCUCCUCACCACGCUCCCGCUCGCGCUCUACGUCUCCUUCUCCGACCCCGGCCGCCGGUGCCCCCGCCUCCAGCUGCCCUUCUUCGCCUCCCGUGCCUCCCCUGCGAAGACGGCGCUCUUCGAGUACCCGCUCGGGUACGGCGAGCACAAGCACGCGCUGCCCGUCACGCGCGCGCUCUGCUCCAGCCCCGUCGCCUUCGCAGACUACAAGACUGUCUUGGAAGAGAUCAAUGGCCUCUGCCGCAACAUCUCGGCGUCCGCGUCCAGAUCACCUGCCCUCCGGUACCAGAGCGGCAGGAGGGACACGUUUGCAGGGAACCUCUCGACCGAGAAGCGGAGAUCGUUCUUCAGCCACACUGACAACCAAGUGGAGAUUCCCUGUGGGUUCUUCAAGGAAUUCCCCAUCCCAGAAGCUGACAGAUUGGCCAUGGAGAACUGCAGGGGUGUGGUGGUCGCGUCGGCGAUCUUCAACGACUACGACAAGAUCCGGCAGCCUAUGGGGCUCGGGGCCGGGACGCUCGCCACGGCGUGCUUCUUCAUGUUCGUCGACGACGCCACGCGCAGGGUCCUCGCGCGCCACGGCAUCCUGACAGUGGCACAGGACGCGAGCAGCGGCGGCGGCGGCGGCACGGUCGGCGCGUGGCGCGUGGUGACGCUGCGCGCCGGCGAGCUCCCCUACGAGAGCCCGGCGAUGAACGGCGUCGUCGCGAAGCACCUGCUGCACCGGCUGUUCCCGAACGCCAGGUUCAGCGUGUGGGUUGACGCCAAGAUGCAGCUCACGGCGGACCCGCUGUUGCUGGUGCACGCGCUCCUCGUAGGCAGGGGCGCGGACAUGGCGGUGUCCAGGCACCCGUUCAACGUGCACACCGUGGAGGAGGCAGUCGCGACGGCGAGGUGGCGCAAGUGGGGGGACGUGGAGGCUGUCAGGGCGCAGAUGGAGACGUACUGCGCCAACGGCCUGCAGCCAUGGUCCCCCAGCAAGCUCCCAUAUCCAUCAGACGUGCCGGACACGGCGAUCAUCAUCAGGAGGCACGGCCUGGCCAGCGACCUCUUCUCCUGCCUUCUGUUCAACGAGCUGGAGGCGUUCAACCCGCGGGACCAGCUCGCCUUCGCCUACGUCCGGGACCAGAUGAGCCCCAAGGUGAACAUCAACAUGUUCGAGGUCGAGGUGUUCGAGCACAUCGCCGUCGAGUACCGGCACAACUUGAAGCCUGACGCCCGGGGAGGAGGGAAGCAGGGGGUCACUAGGAUGGCAUCCUCAAGAGACAUCACUGGGAGCAGCUGUGAGAGACAUCUUCUGAAGAUGUGGGGGGAGUCUGCUGAAUAAGUUUCUGAAGAUUGCAUGAGUGUACAUAUAC